CCAAAAAAGUAUACACUUUAUGAAGUGAGUCCCCAAUUCAGCUUUUUGACUCUAUCUUUGUCCCCUUUGUCUUCUCUCUCUAUCUUCCCUCCAUACAAAAAUAAAGUCAGCUCUUCCAUUUCCAUUCGCUUUUCCUAAUCUCACCCAAAAUAACUUCUUUAAUAAGUAUUUUCUUAACCACACCCAAUUUUAUGUAUAUGACAGAGACUAUUUUGUGAAUCUAAUUUAUGCAAACAACACGCCGCAACAGGGCGGAGGGUGGCGGUGAUCUGUUUUCCGAUUAUUUUUGGCUAAUGAGAUUGUGAACUUUCUUGGGAUCUGAUAAGAACCUGCCAGAAUGUUUCUGAGCCGUAUCUACCUCACUGCUUCUGUGUAUUUCUACAGAUUUGACCCACUGAUGUACUAUAUGAAAGUUUUGGCUUAACACGCUAAAGAGACGGCUACGAUGACGGAAAAUCUGGAUGAAAUAUUAACUCACUCAAAUGGUUGCAAGGACUCCAAGUCUUUAGUCUUUCCAACGAAAGGUCUGCUUGAUUCAAAUGGUCGUGAUGGCACUAAAGACUCUUUGGCAUGUGAAAAAGAGAGGAACGAAUUCUGGAAUGUUCAGGAACUUGUUGACUCUGUAUUUUUUGAAGAUGUUUCAAGAAGUAACAAACAUGAAAUUACAGCUUCACCUCUGAAAGAUGAUCUGAACGAAGGCCUGUCUAAUUUAACUUCUUGCAAGAGAAAUGGAAAUCCUUUUGCAUGUGAUACAGGAGAUAGAGAUCACCCCUGGAGUAUUCCCAAAUUUGAGGACCCUAUGAUUGUUAAUUUCUUCGAUGAUAAAGAGAAGGGAGCCGUAGUCUCUAAUGCACAAUUUACCUCUCUUUCAGAGUUGUUUGGUACAGACACUCCUUUAUACACCGAUAAGGGUGUCCUGGAAUUCAAAUUACCUGAAUCGAUGAUUUGCUACGAAAAGAGUAACUAUCACAUUACGAAAGACAUAUGCAUGGAUGAGGGUGCACCUCUCAUGGAUAAAAUUGUAACUGAAAGCAGGAAAGAUGAUCAGCCUGACUCGUCUAUUUCUCUAGCUGCUGAUGAACACCAGCCGAGAAACACCAGGGAUGGUCUUGACAGUGAAUUUGUCUCAUCCGGUGAGUCCAAAGCUUCAUCAGUUGAAAGUGCCGUCAAAAUUUCUGUUGAUCAUCAUACAACUAAAGAAGAUGCGGAUACUAAAUCACUUGCUCCAAAUGAUAUAAACCCCUUCUUGGAAGAUAAUAUGAGCAAAGAUGCUGACAAGGAUUCUUAUCUGGAGGACGUGAUGAAGAUUUUUGGAGCAAAAGAUACUACAAUGGAUAAAGCUACUAACAUAUCAGAAAAAGAAUGUGACAUUCAGAAUCUUAAGGAAUCUAUCUCUGAUGCUGAUCAAUCAUCACAGCAGCCUGAUCAGAUGCCAACUUUUGUAGCUGCUUUCAACAGCCAAAAUGCAGUCUCGGCAGCUGAUGGAACAAACAACAAUGGACCAGCUAGCAACUUCUCUAACAAUAGCAAGUCAGAAGCUGGAGCUAUUACUUGCGACUUCAACUUGACUGAACUGGCUUUAAGUAGCAGCGUGGCAAAAAUUGAUAAAAACUUGCCUGAACACUCCCAUAAAUUAGAGGCCAUCUACGGUCAAAAGGAUGGGAGUUCUGACAGCUUUUCAGCUGCUACUCAAGUUCAUUUUGCCAAUAGUGUGGACUCCAGCAAUAGCAGUAUUCACGCCAAAUCCCUCGACCCCCCAAAUGUGGUUAAUCUCGAGGAAAAGAACUCUGGCAAUCUCCCCCUCGGUGUGCAUGGUCAUUUUGCAGAUGGAGAAGCAAGUUUUGCUGCAGUAGGACCUGCAUCUGGUUUGAUUACUUACUCAGGCCAUAUAUCACAUUCGGGUAACAUCUCUCUUCGGUCAGAUAGCAGCACAACCAGUGCCAGAUCCUUUGCCUUCCCAGUCUUACAAUCUGAAUGGAACAGUAGCCCAGUAAGAAUGGCAAAGUCAGAAAGGAGGCAUUAUAGGAAACACAGGUGUUGGAGGAAAAGUCUUCUCUGUUGUAAAUUCUAAGUCCUUUUGUUUCUUUUUGUAGGGUUUUCAGUUCAAAAAUAUACAUCACUUUAUGCUCCUUUAUAAGUUACAUGUUGAUAUUCUUAGGAAUGACAUGUCAUUGGUGGUAGGUUUAGAGGGCUCAUUGAGUUUGUUAUCUUAAAAAGUGGAGGCAGUGAAAUGUAGACCCAAUUAACCUUUUGUUUUCCUUAUAUGGAUCUAUCUUCAAUAUAAUCAUUAAGUAAUAAAAAUCCUAC